GGGGGGCUCUUGGAAGAAAAGGAAAGUUAAAAAUAGGACGGUCUGUGGUCAGCGGCUCAGCCCCGAGCCGUGAGAGAAACGAUUUCCUGUGCAAAAGGAGAAAUGAAAGGAACAAUAAAAGUGUUUUUGAAUAAAGGCGCUGCGAGCCUGCUGGGAAGGGGGAUUCUCUGUCCCGCUCCGGCUCGGCUGCGGCUGCGAUCCGGUGCCGAAGCCGCUGCCAGACGAGUGUUCGCCACACCCCAAAGCCGGCUGGUCCCAGCAGCGCAGCUUUCUGCUCUCCGGGGCACGGAGGCACCGGGGCACCGAGGCACCGAGGCACCGAGGCACCGAGGCACGGAGGCACCGGGGCACCGAGGCACGGAGGCACUGGGGCACGGAGGCACCGAGGCACCGGGGCACGGAGACACCGGGGCACCGAGGCACCGAGGCACCGGGGCACCGAGGCACCGGGGCACCGAGGCAGCUGCAGGAAGCGGAGAAGCCGCGGGGAAGCGGCCGCGCCCCGGGGCCAUGGCCCAGCCCGGCCCCGCGGGGCAGCUCCGAGCCGAGGCCUCCUGCUCGCUGUGCCUCGGCCUCUUCCAGGAGCCCGUGUCCAUCCACUGCGGCCACAACUUCUGCCGGGGCUGCAUCGAGCGCUGCUGGCAGAGCUGCCGGGACUCCUUCACCUGCCCGCGCUGCCGGGAGACGGCCCCGGAGCGCAGCCUGAGACCCAACCGGGAGCUGGCCACGAUCAUCCGCAUCGCGCAGCGCCUCAGCCUCAGGGGGCGGCCCGGGGCAGGGGAGCGGCUCUGCCAGAAGCACGGCGAGGCUCUGAAACUCUUCUGCGAGGAGGAGCAGAGCCCCCUGUGCCGCGUGUGCCGCGAGUCCCGGGAUCACCGGCUCCACGCCGCCGUCCCCAUCGAGGAAGCGGCGCAGGAGCACAAGGAGAAGCUCCAGGCUCACGCGCAGAUCCUCAAGGACAGGAGAGAAAAGAUGCUGGGGCUGAAAGCGGCAGAGGAAGAAAAAAGCCUGGACUUGCUCGAGCGGGUGGACGGGGAGCGACAGAGGGUCCGGGCCCAGGUCAAGGAGUUGCACCAGCUCCUGGAGGAGCAGGAGCGGCUCCUCCUGGGCCGGCUGGCAAAGCUGGACCGGGAGAUCGUGCGGAGGCAGGAGGAGAACAUCAGCAGACUCUCAGAGCAGAUCUCCUCUGUGGGCCAGCAGAUCCAGGAACUGGAGGACAAGUGCCAGCAGCCGCCCUGGGAACUCCUUCAGGACAGCAGAGACAUCCUCAGCAGGCUGGAGAAGCAGAGUGCCCCGGAGCCAGUGGAGACUUCACCAGAACUGGCAGAGGAACCCACAGGGUUACUGCAGAAAAAUGUCACCCUCAAAGAGAUGCUGAAAAAGUUCCAAGUCAGCCUGACGCUGGAUCCGGACACAGCCCAUCCCCGGCUUGCCCUGUCCGAGGAUGGGAAGUGUGUCUGGUGGGAAGACACCCGAAGGGCCGUCCCCGACCACCCCAAACGCUUCGACUCCUCGCGCUGCGUCCUGGGCCGGGAGGGACUCGGCUCUGGCCGGCACUACUGGGAGGUGCAGGUGGGCAACGGGGCCGCCUGGGCCGUCGGUGUGGCCAAGGAAUCCGUGCGCAGGAAGGGCCGGAUCAGCGUCAAGCCCGAGGUGGGGAUCUGGGCCGUGGGGCAGUGUGGGAGCCAGUGCCAGGCUCUCACAUCCCCCACCGUCCCCAUCUCCCUGCCCGAAGCCCCUGACGUGGUCGGGGUCUACCUGGACUAUGAGGCCGGGCAAGUGGCAUUCUUUGAUUCCCAGAGGGAGAUCCUGAUGUUCACAUACCCUCCGAUGUCCUUUGGUGGGGAGCAGGUCCUGCCCCUGCUCUGCCUGGGCAGGGGGUGCCAGUUCACGCUGUCCCCGUGAUCCCCCCCUGUGGUGGGUCCCUCACCUGGGGGGGUUUCGGGGCGGAAACUUCCCCUUUCUCCAUCAUUUCUGCCAGUGAGAAGCCACAGCUGGUUCAGAGAAAUGUUGAUUUGAGGGCUGGGAGAGACUUUCUGUGCCAGGGCUGUGAUGAGGGGGAGGAUGAGAGGGGAAAAGGAUGGAAAAUAAAGGGAAAUUGGACAAAGAAUGGGAAUAAUUGGUGUGAUCAGAACAAUCUGCUGGCACCUGAGCCAUUUCCUGGGACCUGGACAUCCGGAAGCCUGGAUAUCUUGUGUCCAUCAGCGUCAUCUGCUGGAUCCACCAGAGGCUGGAGCUUGGACUCCUGGGGUCUGUCAGGGUCAGAUCCUGGGGCCCAUUGGGGUCAGAUCUUGGGGGUCCCAUCAGGGUCAGAUCCUGAGGUCCAUUGGGAUCAUGUCCUGGAGUCUAUGGGGGUCAUGUUCUGGGAUAUAUCUGGGUCAGGAUCACAUUGUGGGACGCAUCGGGAUCAAGUCCUGGAAGCACUUGGAUCACACCCCGAAAUUCGGGGUCAGACCCUGGGUGCACUCGAGCUCAUCCCUUUCCAGCACAGCCGCCCAGCGAACCCUGCGCGUGACUCCCUGGUGGUCUAGUGGUUAGGAUUCGGCGCUCUCACCGCCGCGGCCCGGGUUCGAUUCCCGGUCAGGGAAUGACCUUUUCUCACUAAAGCAAUUUUUUUUUUUUAAAUCUCUUCAUGUUUAAACAUCUCCUAACCCCUUCAAACAC